UUUGAAUUUUGAUGACGGAAAGAAAAAGGUUAUACACAGAAAAAGAGGGAAUAGGCUGAUUAUGAUUAAAUUUUUGUAAAAAUAAAUAGAACUAAUUAAAGUGUUUAAUUUGUUACUUUGUAUAAUAAGAUAUUUGAAUUAUAGCAUUGUAAAUAAUAUAAUAGUUAAAACAGCAACGUGUCCUAGGUUAGGCCGUUAGGGAAUCAUGUUAGUAUUGGCGUAACAUGACUGAAAGAAAAAUGUGCAAGUUCUAUAAUUUGAAUGUGCCUGAGCGCCGAUCUGGUGAGCCUGGGAAUCAGAAUCACGCAAACAAUGAUGAGGACGAUCGUAACCCUGAAGAUCCACUGCAGCCAUACGUGCCCCCACACGAGCACAAACUGGAGUAUAGUUACUGGAUGUGGUUCUCUCGGAGACCUCCCGCCAGAGAACUUUCUGCGACCACCACUGGUUACGGACAGGCCCUGCGCUUAGUGGGUCGCGUGGCUUCAGUCGAACAGUGGUGGGGUUUGUACACGCAUUUAGCACGGCCCGCGGAACUCCCGCCGUCAUCAGAUUUGCACCUCUUCAAACUGGGCAUCAAGCCUAUGUGGGAGGAUCCUGCUAAUAUUAAUGGUGGCAAGUGGGUGGUGAGACUCCGUAAGACACAGACGGGUCGUGCAUGGGAGGACUUGUGUAUGGCUAUGCUGGGUGAACAGUUCAUGGUUGGGGCAGAGCUGUGCGGUGUCGUGCUCUCCGUUCGGUUUCAGGAGGACCACCUGGCGGUGUGGCACCGGACGGCGUCGGACACGGCGGCGGCGGCGCGCGUGCGGGACGCGCUGCGCCGCAUCCUGCAGCUGCCCGCGUCCGUGCCCAUCGAGUACAAGGCGCACGGCGAGCGCCUGCGCGCCACCGCCGCGCGCGCGCUCGACGACGCGCACGAGCGCUCGUAGCGCCGGUAGGGGCUCGCGUACCCGCCGCCUGCUCGGUCUCGCUCUCCCAGUAUUCGAAUUGUUUCAGUGCGACAGAGUUUGAAAGGUUAGACAAUAAUAAAGAAGGUUCUUCCUUGUAUCUCCCAUCUAUAUUUUUUUUUACUCCGCGAGACGACGAGUCGAUCUAAAAUGUCGAGUACGUUACGUACACGGAUGACGUUUUCGGGUAAUAUGAAACUUUUGCUGCCACUAAAUGUAAAAUGAUUUCCUAAAAUAUCUUAAAUAAUUUCUAAAUUUGCAUUUUCUAUAUUUCUAUAUGGAAUUUUGAAAUUGAGGAAGUCUUACAAAAUAACCCUGACUAGUCCCCUUUGUGUGAAAUAUCAUUUAUUUAAAUGAAAACAAUUCACGUUUGCCUCCAUAAACGAUAAAUAUCCUUCCAACAUUACAUUUUACAUUAAUUUUAUACGUAAGAUCGACGACGUUAUUUUAAUAUUUCCGCAGCCUUCCUCAGUUGCAAUGCUUUAUGACCACAGAUAAUAAAAAAUCGUCAUGCACUUGACUGGUUUAAUUAAAAUCAAGUGAGAAAUAAGUUUGUCCUGUUUUAAAGUUCAAUUGAUGUACAUAGUGUUGAAAUAAUUAUAACGUAAGUUUUGAUUGAAAUGCGGGUACGGACACGUUGCCAUAAGACCCGUUGCCUACACCUUGUACAGUGCAAAAUUGCAUAACAAUAAAGAAUCGGACUUUUCA